AUGUCGACUAAUCAUGAACACUCAGCACUCGACUCUCCACAAGACCCUGGCAAUAACAUCGACCUACACCCUCCGGAGCCACUGCAGCCAACGCAAAGUAACGCAAGCAACAACAGCAAUACAGAUUCAAAACCCGAGAAAGAAGAGACAAGGGUCACAGAGAGUGAGAAAAAACCGCCAGACACGAGGCAUACAGGCAAUAAACAUGACUGGGCAGGGUCUUGGACCUGGGAAAUCGGAGGUGCCAUUCUGAGUGUCGUCUGCAUCGGCCUCUUGUUUGGCUUUCUUGGAUACGUCAACGGAAUGGCAUAUGAGCGCUGGGAGUACUCCAUAUCUCCUAAUGCAGUAGUCUCCGUUAUUGCUGCCUUUGCCAAAGCCUCAAUGCUGAUCCCAGUUUCUGCGUGCCUGAGCCAGUUGAAGUGGAAGCAGGACCGACAGGAGAGACCCAUGCAGCUUUACCAUUUCCAUGUCCUCGACCAAGCCAGCCGUGGCCCAUGGGGUGCCCUCGAGGUAUUCUGGAGAAUGAAGUCGACUCUGCCAAUGGCAGGAGCAGCAUUGACCAUCCUGGCUGUUGCUCUGGAUCCGUUUGCACAGCAGAUUCUUGCAUUUCCCUCGCGUGAAGUACAAGCGCUGGAUGAAACAGCAUAUGUCCAAAGGGCUCAGGUUUAUGCUCCUGAAUGGGGAUCGCGAGGACACGAGGAUGAAUUCAGAAACACAUUGGCCGUGCAGCUGGAUCCGACCAUGCAGACUGCGAUUCUGAGUGGUCUGGCACAAAUCAACCGUCCUCUUGAACCGGGCUGUUCCUCGUCCCACUGCGAGUAUCCCGACUUUGCCACGCUGGGUGUCUGCUCCCACUGCGACGAUGUCACUGAAGGCACCAUCCAGACCUGCCAGCCAUAUGCAAGAAACAGCUCCGGUGCGUUUGCAUUCGGUGUUCUUGAUAAGAAAAAUGCGUCAACUCCUGCCAACUGUUCUUAUACAACCCCGAGUGGCUUUACCUUCAUGCCAGAGACCUUCGACACCAGUUUCCUUCCCCCAUUCACCCAUCCUAGUGUGGAGAUCACCCGCCAACCAUGGACGUCGAUCACAACCUCCAAAGGGCAUCAGCAGGAUGACUCGGGCUUGCUCGUGUCAUUCUUCACCGCGAAAUACUCCCACAAGAUAGUUUAUACACCGGAUAAUGCUACCGCAGUCGAGGAGAAGCCGACGAUGACCGAGUGUUCAGUGCACCUUUGCGAAAAGCAGUACACAAACAACCACAUCACAGAUGAUGAUCAUACUUUUCAACCUUCAAGAAGUCAACCCCUGAAUGCAAACGGAAGCGGAAAUGCUACCAACGGAUACACCAUCCAGCUCAUUCCUCCGGAUGGGACCAAGACGGUUUCAGACAAUUCAACCUACGCCAUGGAUUAUCGAACAUAUGUAGACCUCAUCCAUAUGCUGGAAUCGCUGUUCAACACUACCUUUGUCCAGGAUAACUCGUCUCGCAAUGGCAGCUCUUACUCGACGCUUCCUGGUGUUCAAUCUGCUCCGGUCCUUUACAACAGCCGUAACAUUACCGAAUCGAUAGCCGCCAUGGCCACGAGUAUGACAGACAACAUCCGGUCAGGUAUUCGGGCUACCCGCGUCGACGGACUCGCCUACCGGACUGAGACGUAUAUCCACGUUCGAUGGCCGUGGAUUAUUCUUCCAACAAUGUCAGUAGCUUUCUCGAUCAUCCUCUUCAUCGCGACCGCAGUAGUAAGCCGAGGCCAACCGGUUCUGUGGAAGUCUUCCAUUUUUCCGUUUCUCAUGGGGCGGUUGGAAACGGUCCCAGACCAUGAUAUUGCAAAUAUUUACCAUGUGGACCAAGUGCAGUCCAUGUCGAAAAAGAUCAACGUUGUGGUGGAGGGGCAGGAAAAUGGCCCUCUUCUGUUUGCCGAAAGAGAAAUGACUUGA